AUGAGUUCAGCUGCUUUCCUGGCAGUCGCUCUGCUGAGCCUCCAGGCUAGUGCCUUCCCAAAGAGCGAUGAGCCAGCCAUCUUGCGACGAGCCUGUCCAGACUACACCUCUUAUGCAUCAACACUGCACGCUCCAUACAGUGGCGGGCCCUUGAAUCUGCCAUACCAGCGACCCACGGAAGCAUGUCGGACAUUCUCAUCGCCCGCCGUGGAGAAGGUCAUUGAAGAUGUCACCUCGCGCUUGGUCGACAAAGACCUAGCUCAACUAUUCCGCAACGCCUUUCCAAAUACAUUGGACACCACCAUCCGGUGGCAUACGAACGGGUCCGCGUCAUCCGCCAAUUCCAAGCGAGACGGCGCGCAAUGGACGGGCGUACAUACCUUCAUUGUCACGGGCGAUAUCAACGCCGAAUGGCUGCGUGACUCAACAAACCAGCUCACAAAUUACCAGACACUAGCUGCGAAAGACAAGAAUCUCUACUCGCUCAUUCUGGGUGCUAUCAAUACCCAGUCCGAGUUCGUCAUUCAGUCACCCUACUGCAAUGCUUUCCAACCGCCCUCUGCCAGCGGCAUCAAGCCAGAAGACAGCACCCAAAAGGAUACCGUACACCCUACGUAUGAGCCGUCCUUUGUCUUCGAAUGCAAGUACGAACUCGAUUCGCUCGCCCAUUUCCUGCAGCUAGGCACCGAGUUCUACGAGAAUACUGGAUCGACCGAGUUCGUGACGGACCGGUGGUACAAAGCGCUGCAAACAGUGUUGAAAACCAUCGACGCGCAGUCUCAGCCCACAUUCAAUUCCAGCAACCAGUUUGUGCCGAACGAGUAUACAUUCCAGCGGGAGACGACCAUCGGCACCGAGACCCUCAACCUAGCCGGUGUAGGCAAUCCGCUCAACAGCGGCACGGGCUUGAUCCGCAGCGCCUUCCGACCUAGCGAUGAUGCCACUAUCCUAGGCUUCUUCAUUCCGCCUAACGCGAUGAUGUCGGUCCAGCUCCAGAAAACGGCAAAGGUUGUCAAGGCAGCUGGUGGCCCAGCGAGUCUCGUUGCCGAACUGCAGGAACGCGGUACCAAGCUGGAGAAGGCUGUGCACGAGCAUGGUAUUGUUCAGCAUCCCAAGUAUGGCGAUGUCUAUGCAUUCGAAGUCGACGGGUACGGGUCGCGUAUCCUAAUGGAUGACGCUAAUAUCCCUUCAUUGCUCUCUCUGCCCUACCUAGGCUUUGUGGAUAGGUCAGAUCGAGUCUACCAAAAUACCCGGAAAAUGAUCACCGACAAGGCCUCGAACCCGUAUUACCUGGAGGGCCCGCAGUUCCACGGUAUUGGUGGCCCGCAUAUCGGUCUUGAGAAUGCUUGGCCCAUGUCUCUUCUUGUUCAGGCCAUGACCUCUGAUGAUGACAAUGAGAUCAUUGGGAACCUCAACCUCGUCCGCAAUUCCAGUUUGCAUGGGCUCAUUCAUGAGUCCAUUGAUGUGUCUAAUAUCAAGUCGUAUACUCGGCCUUGGUUCGCCUGGGCCAAUUCGGUCUUUGCGCAGACUGUUUUGAAGAUUGCUGCUGAGAGGCCUCACUUGAUAUUUGGUGAGGAUGCUAAGCCUUAUACCCCCUGA